AUGGAACCCGCGACCGUUGUCUUUGACGAUCAAGGCGACCUUCUCAUCGUCGACGCCGAUGCCGCGAUACUUGCUUCCCGCCCCCGUACUAAAAAGUCCGUUCGCCGUCAGAUCCUCGAGUGCAGCAGCAGGCCAAAACCCCCCAGAAUUCCCGGCAACGAGGAGUGGCCACCGAUACCUAUCGCGCCUCGCCGGAAAAGGACCCACAAGCCGCCACAGCAGCAGCAGCAGGACCAGCAACAACAGCCCCAGCUCCAGCAACAACAGCAGCAGCAGGAGCUCGACAACGACGUCCCCCUCCCUCCAGGCCUUGUGCUGCCCAUUGUCAACCCGCCUUUUAUCGCUAGAGCGCUCCAGCUGCCCCGUCAUCAUCAACAGCGUCAGCAGCUGCAGCAGAUACAGCUGCAGCAGCAAACACAGCCAAUACAGAUGAACGGGCUCAACGGCGGUGGCAUGCCCGGCCAGCCGGGAGGCCAGAUGCCCGGCGGCGGCGCCGGCCCGCUGGUCGGCCUGCCCACGCCCGCCGGCCACCAGGCCGAGCUCAACUACAUCCACGCCAUGGUCGAGGAGCUGAGCCGCCAGCUCGCCGAGAACAAAAAGGUGCUCGAGGACGUCGUCACGGGCGUCGGCCGCGUCCGCAACCGCGCCCGCGCCCAGGCCGCCAGCAACGAGGAGCUCAUCGCCACGGGCGCCGACGAGGUGCUCAACGGCCCGGACAGCAACAUGGACGCCAUCGUCUCCCUCCUGACCGAGGCCCUCGACAAGGCCAAGUACUCGCGCGACGCCAACGCCGCCCUCCUGCAGCAGUACGCGACGGCCCUGUCGGCCAUGCUGCGCCAGUUCCACGAGUACAAGCAGCGGCACGUCGCCGACGUGGCCGCCUGGCACCGCUCCUACCGCGAGCAGCUCGCCGACGCGCGCGACGAGAACUGCCGCCUGCGCAGCCAGAUCUGGGAGAUGCAGCGGCACGCGGGGCUCGCCAACGAGUCGCUGCGCCGGUUCCGCGGCCGGUACGACGACAGCGAGAGCCGCUGGGAGCGGCGCGUCGACGCCCGCGCCGUGCGACAGGAGCUGCGCUUCUGGAAGCGCAUGGCCAUGCCCGAGGUCAGCGACGACGACCCCUGCUGGAGCGACGACGACGACCUCGUCGACCCCGUCGAGAAGAUGCGGCUCGGCGAGCACGAGAAGAGGAUGGCGCAGGAGCAGAUGGCCAUGGCCGCGGCGGCUGCGGCGGCCGGCGAGAGCGGAGGUGUGUUGGGAGGUGGGGAUGGCGCUGCCGGCGCCGGUGACGCUGGUGUGUAUGACGAGGAGGAGCAGUCGACGGUGGGCGCGGCGGGCAUGGGCGGCGUGGCGAUGCAGAGGGACGACGCGGCAGCGGGCGGCAUGCCGGUGCUUCCUCCGAGGCCAUCGAGUGCCGCGAGUACGGGUUCUUCAGGGCAGUGA